CGUGUUGUUACGCAAUCGUUAUGGCGACUCCCGUGCCUCUGCGGUGCGGUUAGUUCUUGUUUACUGCUGUCGCGGGCAGUUUAGUUUAUUGCGCAAAUCCUGCAGGUCGUGCUUGAAAUAUGAGCACACAGUCGGGAAAUGUGAGCAGGUCACGGGCUCAGAAGCACCAAAAUGCCACUGCAUUUAAGAACACGCUUCACGACACGAGUGUGCAGACGAAGAAAAUACUCAACAUGAAAAUCGAAAAUGUGUGUGCGAGGUGUAAAGGCAUAAUCGAGUGGAAAAUUAAGUACAAAAAGUACAAGCCGCUUACGGUGCCGAAGAAAUGUGUCAAGUGUGAAGCUAAAACAGUCAAGUCAGCUUAUCAUAUAGCGUGUAGUGCCUGUGCGGAAAGGCUGAAAAUCUGUGCAAAAUGUGGUGCCCACGAAGGCUCUGAAUCCAGCUCUCAAGUGACGGAAGACGACCAAGAACCUUGACACCUUCUGAAGAGACAAGUGGCAUUGUGAUCUAGUGUGUGAGCACAAUACUUAUGCAUUAUGUAUGUGUUGUUGAGGGAAGGUGCUGUGAGCUGAUAACACCUUUGCCUCAUCGGUGCAUCAUUCGCUAUUAGAUACUGACAGAAGCGUCAACAAACCAGUGCUCAACCUGUAUGACACAUUGUCGUUGUACAUUCUUAUAUGUAAACCUGUGUCAGCUAUUGCCGUCAAGCAAAUAAAUAAGUUUAAAGCAUGCAUUGUACAGAUACCAUUAUCUACAUAAAGCACAUUACAAGCAGGUAGGGCUUUAUUUUGAAUUUGCUGGGCAGUGAAUGUGACAAGCUGUAAAGGUGUGUUAUAGUUUAUGGUCUUUUUUUGUAGAUAUAGGACUGCCAUUUGUAUUUCUUUUUUAACCCUGUACAGCCUGUGACUUCAGUUUCAUCAAAUUUCAGUUUGAACAGUGCUUAAGGUAUUCACAUGUAUAGUGUAGGGUCUUCCCAAGUUCAGAACUCAAUGUGCAGACUUAGCACUCUCAAACACAGCCAAACAGUAGUCAACCUAGGGCACCAAUAAAGUAACUGUGGGGGCAUUUAUCAUGCACUUCUUUGUCGUUUGUAUAUUAUCAUCAUCAUAUGUGUGCCCUUCUUGAUUGCCUGUGUGGCACAGUACAUGCUGAUGCAUAUCAUCAGCGUGUACUGUGUCUGGGGCCUUUUGCUGUGUCUCUUGUGCCCAAUAAAGGGUUGUCCUCAACUGCUGCAUCACAUAACUUAGGAAAUAGCAAAGCUGUGACUAAAUGGUCACAAUAGGUGCUCCUGCUUCAGGUCAGUCAAAUUGCAUGUGAGAGGUGACCUUAAAUGUUGAUUCAGAAUCAGAAGGACUGCAUUUUGCAGCAGCACCAGACAAGGUAAUAUGGAGAUAGCUGAGAGCAUGAUAUUGCCAAAUUGCAAAAUGUGACUGUUUACGCAAUAUUUUAUAUUAACUAGCAGUUUAUCAUACUACUGCAAUGGCAUUAUAAACUUGGUGUCAUGGGCUAUGGUAAAGAAGCCAAUCAGUGGAAGUGUCAAACAUUUUGUAGCUAAGGAUGCCCAGAUGUAGCCAGUCUGGAGCAUGGCAACUGUAUGUCGCAACCCUUGUGGUUGCUGCAGCUGCAGUCUGGGACCAUAGACAAAACAGAAAAGAAGCAGGGCCGCAGCUCAAGGCAGUAUGCUGCAAUAUUUGUGCACUAACUAGCUCUAAAGGAACACCUGUUGACAUCCAUCGUGGCGCUUGUGAUUUGUGGUUGUGCAUAGGGGUCUUGCUAAUGGGGACUUACUAAUUGAACAAUAUAUAUGGCUGGCAUAUAGCAUCUACAGUUGCUGGAGCAUUAUGCUGUCCACUUAUAUUUGCGCUUUGUGCAAAGUUUAGCUAUCCUGCUUUCCCCUCGAUAUAAUGCAUUGCAAGUAGCAUCGGUUACUGUUGCUGUAAAACUUCAUGCGAUUGAUUUGCCUAUUCUUUGUUUUUUGGCCAAUUUCACAAGUUUAAUAUGACUGUUUGUAGGAAUGUUUUUUCACUGGACAUCUGAACUGCUGACCUCUGUAUAUUAUGCUUAAGCACAACUAUUAAACUGAGGCUCCAGCUGACUCAGCUGAGGCGUAAAGUAGUUCGACGUGCCUUUAUUUUCCACGGAGAAACCAAAUAUAUAUAUCCUUCAGAGGAACAAAGCUAAGCUCAUCAGAAUCUGGUCGCAUAUACUUCUACUACACCCAUAUAUCACGCUGUUGACAGAAGCUGUAAUUUUCUUACUUGUAAAUGUUCUUGCUUUCACACAAGCUAUAUUGUGCGGUGAGCGGGCGUGUCGUUGCUUUGUUUGCUUGGCUCUCGCAUGUCUGCAGUGUAUUCAUAAUUUUGCUAUGAUUUUUAUCCCAGUAUAGGAGCUCUGUACUUCUCAAGUAAAUUGACGUUUGGUGGUUUUUGGAGUACA